AUGUCGAAGAAGCCACAGGCACUUGUAGUGGAGCUGGGACAGCAAGGCUACUCACCUACAUGCGUUCUUACUUCUUCUAUUUUGUUUGUUUUGGUCAAAUAUGUCUUGGAGAGUCCAGACAUCCUCAGCACCGUUGGCUACGACAGCAUCAUCCAACAUCUGAACAACGGCCGCAAGAACUGCAAAGAGUUCGAAGACUUUUUAAAAGAGAGGGCAUCAAUUGAAGAGAAAUAUGGCAAAGAUCUGCUCAACCUCUCCAGGAAGAAACCAUGUGGGCAGUCUGAGAUCAACACCCUGAAGCGGGCCCUUGAAGUCUUCAAGCAGCAAGUAGACAGUGUGGCACAGUGUCACAUUCAGCUUGCGCAGACCCUAAGAGAAGAGGCCAGGAAGAUAGAAGAAUUCAGGGAAAAGCAGAAGCUACAACGGAAAAAGACAGAACUUAUCAUGGAAGCUAUGCAUAAACAAAGGAGCUCACAAUUCAAGAAAACCAUGGAUGCUAAAAAGAACUAUGAGCAGAAAUGCCGAGACAAAGAUGACGCAGAGCAGGCUGUCCACAGAAGUGCCAGCCAGGUGAACCCGAAGCAACAGGAAAAGCUUUUUGUGAAACUGGCAACUUCGAAGACAGCAGCAGAGGACUCCGACAAGGCGUACAUGCUGCACAUCAAUAUGCUGGAGAAGGUCCGAGAAGAGUGGCAGAGCGAGCACAUCAAGGCCUGCGAGAUGUUUGAAGCUCAAGAAUAUGAACGAAUAAACUUCUUUCGGAACGCAUUGUGGUUACACGUGAAUCAGCUGUCGAAACAGUGUGUCACCAGCGAUGAUAUGUAUGAAGAAGUUCGUAAGAGUUUAGAGAUGUGCAGCAUUGAGAAGGACAUCGAGUACUUUGUGACUCAACGAAAAACUGGACAGACUCCACCAGCACCCAUCAUGUAUGAGAAUUACUACUGCCCCCAGAAGAAAGCAGCCCCACCAGGAAAGACUACAGGGCUGAACUUAGCAAGGAGAGGACCUCUCCCGAUUCCUAAAAGUUUGCCAGAUGACCCGGAUUAUUCUUUUGCUGAUGACUACAGUUUUAUCUACCAGUAACAUCAAUGAAAACAGAGCUUUUUCAGGCUGGUGCUUCUGUGGAGACACUCAGAGUAGCCGAAUCUGUAGAGAUUAUGUCAAUCAUGAAGACUUUGAAAUCAACCCUUGUUGUAAAUUUUUGAUGUUUUAAGUUUAUGGUAGACAUUUAGGUUAACUUAGCUAGUAGAGUUCUGCAUUUUCUAAAAGAAGUCCACCAACUGGCCCAGACUCAAGAAUGAUCCUUUCCCAAUCAGUUAUUAAAGUUGUGAAUGAAUUGUGUUUUCUACUUGAUCCAGAACAGUCUCUGGAUUUGCAGCCUUGAGUCUUGGUGGUUGGGGAACAGGGAUGGCUGGAGAGGCGAUUGUGCCAGCAUCCUGCCCAGGAAGCUCCUUUGGCUCUGGGGCAGCGUGCUAUGGCAUUUCCACAGUGACACACGCUCUCAGUGGUGCAAGAUUUCAAAUCACCUUCUUUUUUGACUGGAAGACUCAGAGGCCAUCUGAUUGCACUUUCUCAUUUUACACAUGAGGAAAUGAGACCCAGAAGUGUGAAAUCAGUUUCCUUACUGUUGUCCCAGCUGGUUCUGAACAGAACUAGAACUAGAGUUCGAGCUUAUCCCACAUCACCGUUCUUCUAGCCUUUCCUGAGGCCGUGAUGCUCAUGUUGAAAUUUAAGACGCCAAAUGUUUUUGCUGGCAUCUUUUCAAUUGGGAAAAUUACCAGGGUUUAAAUGUCAGAUUUAUUUUUAUGUGGCUCACUGUGUGUACUGAACUACACAGCACCAUAUUUAAUUUAAUGAAGAAGCAUUUAUUGUAAAAUAUACCAUUAUUAUAUAUACUCUUAAGAAAGGCAGGUGGGAGAGAGUUAACAGUUAACUUGUGAGUUAAUGGCCAAAUCCAUUUGAAUUUCAAAUGCUAAAAGUGCAAAAAAAAAAAA